CUUUGGGAUGCCUGGGUUCUAUUCGGCUCAGGCGCGGACAGGCCCUGCCGGCUCCCCGCACACACCUGCUUUCAGCCCUGGGGAAGGGUCCCAGCUCCCUGCCCCCUCCCUUACUCAGUGGACCCCAGGGGGGAGAUGUGCCUGCGUUGCCGUUUGAAGCCUCUUGGCCAUUAUGCUUUCACCACUGGGGAGGUGUCUUUGUGUGUGGGGAGAAAAUUGGUGCUGGGCUCCGUUGGGGGCUGGGGCCUGUCACUGACUGGGGACCCCGGGGCAUUAUCUUGGCUGCAGGGCUUCAUUUGUAAUGGAAGCGAUUCUGGGGCUCAAGCAAAUUUUUUUUUUUACUUUCAUAACUCCCACGCCCAGGCCCGGAGGUGCCUGGGGGGCUUGGAGCGGCCAGGCCCGGAGGUGCCCAGGGGGCUCGGAGCGGCCAGGCCCGGAGGUGCUGGGGCUCAGACCUGGCACAGAUUAAGCGCUGCGUAGCUGCCUGUAUGGUCUGUGGGUGCUUCGUGUCUGGGCUUGGGGAUUACGUGACUGGGUGGCGUGGGCACUGGCUGGGCAUUGGGGGAUACAGGCAUGCACGCUGGAGACAGGUUUUCAUGGGCGCUGGCUGGGUGCGACGAGCACCCGGCUGUUUGGAGGUGGAAGGUGUGUGUUUGGGGGCUGGGUGCGGGCACCCGCUGCGGAGAGCCGGCUGCGUGUGCCAGGCACGUGGCGGUGUGUGCCCAGUCCUCGUCUCUCACCUCUCUGCACGCGCAGGUGCUUGGAACAGCUGGGAGCGGGAGCUGCUUUUGGGAUCAGUCGGUCCCUGUCUCUGAGGAGGGCUCUGCUGAGCUGGGGAGGAGGGGCCUGCCCCCCCCCCACCUGUGGCAGCGUCACCAAGUCCCAGCAGCUGUCGGUGUUUCUCAGUGGCACUGUCCCAGCUGCCACUCAGCCCCCGGCUCCCUCCCCUCCACCAAGUGCCCAACGCACAGCUCGGGGCGGAGAGACGGACCCCGCGUAGCUGGCUGCUGGGGCUGUGGGACCCUCGCUGUGCCGCCCUGUGUGGGGCCGGGGCCUACGAGCCAUGCUGUCCUCUCCGGCUGUGGUGCUCCACCCGUACAGCCUGCCUGUGUACCCGCAGGUGCCCCAGUGCUACCCGGGCCUGGUUCAGGGUAGCCAGGAUGCCGCUGCCCCCGCUGACCCCAUGACUCAGACGUACCCUGCCCCGUACCCCCCGGCCCCGGCCCGGCUGCCCCCACCUUUCCGCCCACCCGGCGCCCUGCAGGACUACCCGCCGCAGACCCCCGCUGAGCACGGUCUGUGCCUCUACCCGGCUGGCCAGCCCCACCCGGAGCACGCCGCCCCACCGGAGCCCCUGGUGCCAGCCCUGCCUCCUCCCCCCGCGCCAGCCGAGGAGAGUCCCGUGGCCGCGCUCAGCCCAGACGGCCGGGAAGCAGAGAGCGAAGACAGCAAAUCCCAGCCCAAGCGGCUGCACGUCUCCAAUAUCCCCUUCCGCUUCCGUGACCCCGACCUGCGGCAGAUGUUUGGGCAAUUCGGGAAGAUCCUAGACGUGGAAAUCAUCUUCAACGAACGCGGCUCCAAGGGUUUUGGCUUUGUGACCUUCGACAGCAGCCAGGAUGCAGACCAGGCGCGAGAGAAGCUGAACAGCACCGUUGUGGAGGGCAGGAAAAUCGAGGUGAACAACGCCACGGCCCGUGUGGUCACCAAGAAGCCUCCAGCAGCGCCUGCUGUGAACGGUUGGAAGAUCAAUCCCUUGGUUGGUGCUGUCUAUGCCCCCGACCUCUACACAGUGGCCACCAUCCCCUACCCGAUGGUGGCCCCGGCGGCACUGGCCUAUCGCGGGGGCCUCCGGGGCCGUGGCCGAGCCAUCUACAGCCCGAUCCGGGCAGCUCCUGCCCCGUCGCCCGUCCCUGCCUAUGGGAGUGUGGUGUACCCGGAUGGGCUAUAUGGCACCGACAUCUAUGGCUAUGCAGCUUACCGUGUGGCACAACCCCCUGGGGCAGCGGCAACGGCAGCGGCGUACACCGACGGGUACGGCCGGGUCUACACCACAGCAGAUCCUUACCACCACGCCGUCACUCCAGCCUACGGCGUCGGGGCCAUGGCCAGCCUGUACCGCGGAGGGUACAACCGCUUCACGCCAUACUGAGGAACCAGGGGCUGACAAGGCCGGUGGCCGUGACGGGAAGGGGCCUGGGAAGUGGACUCUGAGAUCUCGGUGUGAAUAGCGACGGGCAUGUUCCAUCGAGUCCCCUGCCCCCAACACGGACGGGUUGGGACAUCCGGUUCUAGCACCCCAGACCCAUUACUCAGAAUCCCCUGGGGGGAACCCCGCCUGGCUCCAGCACCGUGUUACCCAGAAUCUGCUGGGGGGAAGGACGCCUGGUCCCAGUGUCCUAUUACCCAGCUCUUGCCUGGCCCCGGUCCCCUGGCCAUAGAGACAAUGGAGUGGUACGUGCAGAGGGGGGAACACUGCUGCCCCCCAGGCAGUGGAGACGAGGGUGAAUUUAGCCAGCGUUUAAUAUCAGAUCCCUGCGUCACACCCGGGGCAGGAUGGUGCUGGGUGGCCUCACCCCUUUCACUCACGGGAAAGGGGGUCGUUUGGUCUUUUCAAUCAGUGGUUCUCAACUGUCCCAGACGACCGUACCCCAUUCAGGACUCUGAUCUGUCUUGCCUCCCCCCACGUUUCACCCCUCUUAAAAACGACCUCAGCCUCAUGCAUCUGCUCGCACCAGGGCUUAAAUUCAGCCGCUGCUGUCUGGAGCAGAGCUCUGGGAAAUAUUUUCCAACUCCCUGGAGAUUUUAUAGCAUGUUGGGGCACGGGAGGCAUUGGGGGGAGGGAAAUACUCUCUGAGAGUUUCAGCCCUGGCUUGCACGCAUGAGUAAAUGGCAGCAAAUGUGUGUCUAAUACAGUGCGAGUCCACACGGGACAUUACCGGAGAAUAUAGUCUGUCAAGCCGUCAAACCAGG